AUGGCUCAGUACGAUUUGGGCUAUUACGAUACUAUUUCAGGACUUUCUGCGCUCGAGUGUUCGCAUAAAGUCACUCUCUCACAGGGCCAACUCCUCGAACUAUGUACUAAGGACUCAAAUGCAAGGGAAGAUAGAGACAACACCAAAGGAACUACAGAGGAAAAAGACCGAAAGGACAAGAGAAGAACUCCUGUACAUGGGUAUCUGAGCAAAACAGAUCCAAAUAUUACGUUGAGCUCUACCUAUGAGCUAAACCAUACCCUUCUAGGCGGACACGUUCCGAGAGCAACGCUAGAGGCCCUUUCGAGCACAGAUUUUGCCCAAUACUUUCAGAAAGUAAUAGAUUUCGAGAAAGCGCUGCAGACCCACAACUAUUUCGCUGCCCAGAACGUUAAUACUGUGCCGACAGUUCCUUCUUCACCAGCCUCUAGCCUCACGCCUUCAACGCCCGUUCCAGCGUCACAGGUUGAAAAUACAAGGAGACCUAGAUCGCAGCAAAGUGAUGGUGUCAAGAAGGUGAUAUUGUGCAAGCUGUGCAAGGCAAGAUUCAGCGGACCUAGAAGGUUUACAAACAUGAAAAAACACAUGUGCAUGAGAGCCUAG